ACAUAAGACUAUGGGGAUGAUUGACUGUUGGCGGUUGGUAUAUAUGCUUUGGUGUUCUUUUAUCUUUACCUCGUCCAAUACUUCCGGAUCUUCAAUUUUCUCUACCUUCUUCAUGCCAUCGUCUUUGCUCUUAUCUAGCCUUCCAUCACAUCCAGGAUAAUGCCGCCGCCGUCGCUACUACAACUUUGCACCUCGACUGCCAUUAGGAACGUCAAAUAUUUGAACGAUAUUGGCAAUGUCCCCUAUUCGCUUGCUCGUCCGUUCCUUCUCAAGAUCGAGAGCCCCGAGAAACUCAGAUCUCUAGAAUUGCUUUCGCCGCAUAUCAUGGAAGAGGAUACCGAACUCUGGCUUGAUUUCAUUAAAAGGGAUAUACCAAGAUGGGACGAAUACGAUCUGCCCGAACAGCCCCAUUGCUGGUACGAUGUAUACUGCGAUCUCCAGCAACGUGUCCAAAAAGCAGUGGAGGAGGAUGCAGAGAAACUCAAGAUGGCUCUCGAUGGCAUCAACUCCGAGCGUGCCAAACAUAGCGCUAAGUUCGUCACUGACCGACGGAUUAUUCCGCUGCCUCGAGAAAGGCCAACCGCGAAGCAACGGUAUGCUUCGUAUGACAGGAAGAUGGGAGGUCUUACACCAAGAUUUACUUCUCCAAGGGGCGGGAUGGGUUCGUCUGAUCCGCUGGGCGCACCUGUCUGGUCGUAUGAGCGACCACAGCUUCCGCGGCCGGAGAAGAAGAAGAGCAACAUCUUUAACCUGACGAAGAGAAACCCUGUCCUGGCCGUACCAACCAAGCAACUAAACAACAGAGCCAGUCAGGUUAAAAAGGCUCCUCUUUCUCUGAUUGAGGAGCACCGACGACCGCCCGAGCCGGUUGUUCCUCGGCGCAACGGCCCUCCAACUUUGGUAGCACCCGGGCGAUCGCGGCUGCAGAGCACUCGGUCCUCUGGAGGGUCUUGCAAUCUUGUUGAUAGCGCGUCAUUGCGCGAAAGAGAAGCGAGGCUCCGAGCGUUGACUUCGGGGAAGCAGUCGGGCUCAUCGACCCCGAAGUCUUCUGAAAACUCGCCGGCUCCGGCUACUGCGCCAUACCGAACAUCAGCAACUCCCGCAAGUAAAAGCUUGCAGGCUCCUUUCUCCUCAUCCACGGCUCAAGGAUCCGCCAAAUCAUCUCUGCUGGAGGCGAUUCCCGACCCCGACAACUCAGGGGUCCCUCCCGCUCAACCGCCGCGCACAGUCAUGCGGAAGAGACCGGCACCAAGUCUGUUCAUCCAGCCAAGGAAGAAAAAGGUCAAUUGA